ACUUGUAGAUAGUAGAUACUGGAAAACUCAAAAUAAUUAUGAUAACCUUAAACUUUUAAGGUACCUUUUUAAGAUAACUUUUAAGUUUUAUCAUAAAUGUUUAAUUUAAAUUAAAAGCGAAACAAUGGAAGUUGGAGCAGUGAAACAGGCAUUUAAUAAUGAGGUUAUUAAUUUAAAGAAGAAUUUAAAUCAAGCAAAAAUUCAAACUAUUCAUAAGCUAACCAGAAAAGCGAAAACUUUUACUGAAAGAAAAACUCCAGAAGCUUUAAAACUGAAACUUGAAAGGAAAGCUAAAUCAGCUGUUAAUGAAGUCUUGAUAAUAAAGAAACUUAAGCCUCGAGACAUUGCAAGAUUUACCUUAACACAUUCAGGCAAACUUAGUGACUAUCUUAACAAAUCAGAAGUGGAUCAAAACAAAGCAUGUGCUAGGCUUCUAUUACAUAAAGCCUUACAAGAGAAGUAUAAAAUGAUAAGAGAAAGAUUUGGAAAUCUUUCUAUUGAUGAUUUGCUUAUGUCAAGACAAGAACGUAAAAAGAUUAAAAAAGAUUUGAGAGAUAAACAAAAAGAAAAAAGAAAUGCUAAACUGAAGAAAGAAACCAAAGUGGAAAAAGAAUCGGAGGACAUAGAUGGCCCUAACUAUAUUCAACAAAAUUUGGAAGUAGAAAAAAUUAAUGUAGACAAAGCUUCAGAACAUGACAGUAGUGAUGAUGCUGAGAUAAGGGAAAAUGAAAAAAAUUCUAGUGAGCCUUAUUUAAUUGAAAAAGGUAAUUGUAACACCCAUAGCUCAAAUGAUAAUGAUAGUGAUGAUGGAAAUAUAAAUGUAAAUAAUGAUUUAGGGAAGUUUAUCAGACCUCCACCUCAUGAUACUGAUAUGAGUGAUAAUGAAAAUAUUUCUAGUGAGCCUAAUCUAAUAAUUGAAGAAGGUAAUUCUCCAGCCCAUAGCUCGAGCUAUAUUGAUAGUGACAAUGGCAAAAUGGAUGUAGGAAAGUUUAUCAGACCUCCUCCUGAUGAAGGCAGUAUUCAAAGUGCCCAAAAAAAUCAUUCAAUGAUAGGAAACAAGGUAAUCCAAGAAAAAAGUUACCCCAAAACUCAAGAUAGAAAACUAAAAUUAGAUAAACGAAAGGAGAAUAAAAACAAAAAUAUCAAUGAGAAAAUAUUAAAUAGGAACUUUAAGAAAAAAACAGAAGAUAUGCCACAAGUAGUUAAAGUCGUUGAUCCCUUCUUUGUAACAUCAACGGGAGAUAACUAUCUAUCUCUUGCUGAGCCUAGAGCACCAGAUGAAAUUAAAGAAGUACAUAAGCAAGGGAAUAGACAAUAUAGAAGGGCAGUUAUGUUUGGACAUGUUCCUAAAAUCAAACCGAAAAAGAAUAAUUAUGAAAAGUUUAAUCAAAACAAUUCUAAAUUUAAGCAAAAUGGUUUUAUUGACACAACAAGUGACAGUCAAUUUAAUAGAAAAGGUAAAUCAUUUAAUAAUAUUGUUAAUGAAAGUAAUAAAAUUGAAGAAAAACCAGAGAAAUUACAUCCAUCAUGGGAAGCAAAGAAAAAACAUUCAACAAUAGUACCUUUCCAAGGUAAGAAAAUUGUUUUUAAUGAUAGUUAAAACAAUGUAAUAAUGUAUUUAUUUUCUGAUGAAUCCUAAAAACACAUGAAAAAUAUAUCAUA